CCUACAACCAACACCGUGUCUGCAGACGGACUUAAGGUUACCAGUUUCGUUAGAAUUUGCUUUUACGAAGGUGUUUAGGAGUCAAUAUUAAGCAACAUGCCAACUAUUAAGUGCGUUGUUGUCGGUGACGGUGCUGUUGGUAAGACCUGCUUGCUGAUUUCUUACACAACAAAUAAAUUCCCAAGUGACUAUGUUCCUACAGUCUUUGACAAUUAUGCUGUUACCGUCAUGAUUGGCGAUGAGCCUUAUACUCUUGGGUUAUUUGAUACAGCUGGUCAAGAGGAUUAUGAUCGCUUGCGUCCUUUAUCGUAUCCUCAAACUGAUGUGUUCUUGGUUUGCUUCAGCGUCACAUCUCCUGCCAGCUUUGAAAACGUCAAAGAAAAGUGGUUUCCCGAGGUUCAUCAUCAUUGCCCUGGUGUUCCCUGCUUGAUUGUUGGUACUCAAAUUGAUUUACGUGACGAUCCUUCUGUUCAGCAAAAGUUAGCUCGCCAACAUAAACACACACUCACACACGAGCAAGGCGAACGUUUAGCUCGUGAAUUAGGGGCUGUUAAAUACGUCGAAUGUUCUGCUUUAACACAAAAAGGUUUAAAGAACGUGUUCGAUGAAGCUAUCGUGGCAGCACUCGAUCCUCCUGUUCCUCACAAGAAAAAAACGAAAUGCCUUAUUAUGUAAUUUAGUAUCUUGGCCCUCAUUUAUGUCGACAUCUACAAAAUUUGCUGGUACUUUAAAGUAAGCUUUAAUUAACUAUCCCUCUUAUAUAGCAUUCUAUGCUAGCCAUUUCUGACAUCUACAUCCUUUUUCUCCGUCUUCCUAUCUUAUAACUUCUUUGGUUUCCCUGUAUAUGUUUAACUGGGCAUUUUUCUUUUCCGUUUUACCUGUUAUCUUUAGUUUGACCUUUGUCUGUUGUAUACUCUUUUGCUGCAAUUACACCUGCACGUUGUUUAUAUUGAUUAACAGCGUGGUGAACAGUGAUAAUCUUAGAGUAUAAACUUCUUAAUUUAAUUCUAUAAUUGGAAUUAUGCACUCUUUACAUAUAUUAUCGAAUUACGGUGACCAUGUAGUAUCCACAGAUAAUUAUGUUGAAAACGCUUACUUCUAUGCUGCAUACAUGCUUUCAUAAAUGUAAAACUUUAUAGAACAAUAACUACUUUUAAUAAAUCCUAAUUAUCUCCGAAGA